GCAGAGCGGGCGCACGUAGGCAGAGAGGCAACAUGGCGCUCGACAAGGCCGCCCUGCUCACCUCGGUCAAUCGGUUUGGCAUGGGCGAGGUCGAGUCGGUGGCCGACGUCUCCGAGUGCGGCGAGUCACAUCCGCUGUUGGCGUCCGAUCUGGUGGACGGCGAGUCAACCAUUGUCGAGUCGGUGGUUGUUCUUGCCAACACCUGCAUCGGCGCAGGCGUCCUCGCGGUGCCGUACGCGCUCUCGGUGACGGGCGUUGCUCUCGGCCUCGCGCUCCUCGUCGCGGUCGCGCUCCUCUCCAUGUUUUCGUUCUAUCUUCUGGCAGAGACCCGCCGGCUCUCGGGGCAACGGUCGUACGAAGACAUUGCAGCGUUCUACUUUGGACAGGCUGGGCGGCGGGUGGUCCAGGCCUCGCUGGUCCUCCUCCUCAUCGGAGCCACCAUCAUCUACGCCAUCCUCAUGUCGGACUCGCUCCACCCGGUAGUCUCGCAGUACGCACCAGCUUCGCCUUGGCUCUCGCGCGACUGGCUCUCGGUCUAUGCGGUGGCGCUCAUCUAUCCGCUGACGCUCGCGCAAGACCUGCGGUUCCUACGGCACACCUCGAUGGCUGCGCUCGGCUGCCUCAUCUAUCUCCUCAUCGCACUCUGCGUCCGACUCUUUCAGUCGGUGAGUACGCUCCGUGUCGAGUCGGGCACUGACCCGUCGCCAGAUCCGCACAUCAUCCGCCUCCGCUACGCCAUUGUCUCGUCCAAGUUCUUCCUCGCCCUCCCCAUCAUUGCCGUUGCCUUCAAUGGCCAGUUCAACGCCGUGCGUGUCGCAAACGAGUUGCGCAACCCGACAAAGUCGCGCGUCUUGGCUGUCUCUACCGGCGCCGUCUCGGUCUGCCUCGUCUUCUACAUCCUCUUUGGCCUCGUCGGCAUCUACUCGUUCGGCGUAGCGACCAAGGGAGACGUCCUGCUCAACUUUCGCAGCGACGACGUUCUGGUCAACGUUGGUCGCGUCGCGCUCUUUCUCGUUCUCGCCUUUUCCUACCCGCUCUUCUUCCUCCCGCUCCGCGAGACCAUCGCGCUCAUUCUCGCGCCCAUUGUCGACAUCCGCUCGCGCGGCCUCCCCGCUCGCAUUGCCCUCACCACGGCCCUCAACGCCAUCGCCCUCAUCACCUCGAUGCUUGUGCCGAAUCUGCCCGGCAUGCUCGACGUGGUCGGCGCCACCUGUGGCAUGGGCAUCGCCUUUAUCCUCCCGGGCAUGUUUGGCUACAAGGCCAACUACUCGCGGCCGGGCAAGCAGAUUGCUUGCGUUGCCCUCGCCGUCAUCGGCGUCGUCUGUGGCAUCAUCUCCACCGUCGUCACCAUUGCCACCUGGGACGAAAUCGGGUCUUCGUAGAAGCCUCCUCCCUUGUCUUCCCCGCCCGCCCGCUCGCAGCAAGCGCCCAUAGUUGUCAUGCGUCCGCAGACGGGAUGGCGCCGAAAAAGGAUU